AUGGUAUUCCCUAGUUCUUUCUUCCAAACUGAUAUGAGAAAUCAGCAAUGCCUUGAUACCCAUAAAGUUGCUUUACUUUUUCUUGUACCCGUAAUAUUUGUUAUUGGUUAUGGCAGAGACUACCGAGAUAGGCUACUGGGACGCUGGGGAAUUGUUGAUGUUAAUGCCUGUUGCAGUUGUGCAAAGUAUUGGCUCCAGGUCGAUAGCGGAAAAGUUGACGGUGAGCGACUAUGUAUUACAGGGGGUUCUGCUGGUGGAUACACAGCAUUAGCUGCACUUGCAUCCCGGGAAACAUUCAAAGCUGGAUCUUCCUUGUAUAGUGUGAAUGCUUGA